GUGGGCACAGGUGGGUGGCACUGCUGGGCACAGGUGGGUGGCACUGCUGGGCACAGGUGGGUGGCACUGCUGGGCACAGGUGGGUGCACUGCUGGGCACAGGUGGGUGACAUUGCUGGGCACAGGUGGGCGGAGCACAGUGGGCGCACUGCUGGGCACAGGUGGGCGGAACUUGCGGGUGGCACUGCUGGGCACCGAUCAUCAGGGCACUGAUCAUCAGUGUCCUGAUGAUCGGUGCCGAUCCCCGCUCUGACAACUGCCAGUUCUCGGCAGUACUUUCCUCACGAUCUGACAGCGUGAGGAAAGUGCAGCCGAGAACCGGCACUUGCAU